AUGUCUCAGACAUACAAGAACGUCGCCCUCGUUGGUGCCAGUGGCAACAUUGGCAAGAUCAUCUUAGAUGGCCUCGUUGCCUCCUUCCAGUUCAGUAUUACCGUCCUGUCUCGUAAAGAGAGCGAGGCGACUUUUCCAGACAGGGUUUCCGUCUAUGAGACCGACUUUUCCGAUGCCGACCUCGAAACGGCCUUUCGGGGCAAGGACGCCGUCAUCUCCGCCCUCGGAGCGACCGGGUUCAGUAUACAAAAGAAGAUUGUCGAUGCUGCCCUUCGCGCCGGUGUCCGACGAUUCCUUCCCUCGGAGUUCUCUGCCAGCAGCCAGGACGAGGUCGUGCUCCAGCUUCUGCCUCUCUUUGGUCAGAAGAAGGAGCUCAUUGAGUACCUGAAGUCCAAGGAAUCCGACACCUUCUCGUGGACCGGUAUAGCGACUGGCUUGCUGUUUGAUUGGGGUCUUGAGAAUGGCUUCCUUGGAUUCGACAUUUCAAGCAAAACCGCCACCAUCUGGGACGGUGGUAAUAAGAGCUUCACCCUAACCAACGAGAAGCAUCUGGGUCAGGCCGUCGCCUCGGUGCUGCAACACCCGCAAGGUACCAGCAACAAGUUCCUGUAUGUUGCGUCUGUUGAAACCACUCAAAAUAAUAUCCUCGCUGCGUUGGAGAAGGAGACGGGUGCCAAGUGGACUGUAAACUCGACCACGACGGAGGAGCAAGUGGGUGGGGCAGUCAAGAAGCUUGGUGCGGGCGACUUCAGUGGUGCCUUUGCCCUGGUUCGCGCCACCGGCUUUGGGAAUACUCCAGGUCUACGCGCCAACUAUGCUAAGGACAAGACUUUGGCCAAUGGCAUGUUGGGACUGAAGCUGGAUACUGUCCAGGACACUGUUAAGCGUCUUGUUGCCAAGUAA